AUGGAAGAAAAGUUAAAUGAAAUGGAACAAGCUGGUAUCAUCACAAGGACAUCAACGCCUUACAGUAGUCCAUUGACAUUCACUCUUAAAAAAGACGGCUCAAUUAGAGUUCUGCUUGAUGCCAGAAGCAUAAAUAAGAAAAUGGUUGCAGAAACAGAGAAACCACCUAUACAAUUAGAUGUUUUGAAUUCAUUUCACGGAGCGAAUUAUAUCACUACCAUUGACUUAAAUAAUGCAUAUUUUCAAAUUCCGAUAAAUAAAGAUGGUAGAAAAUAUACUGGAUUCACAUUCAAUGGAAAGUCAUAUGUAUAUAAUGUUUUGCCGCAAGGAUUAAAAACAUCAGUAGGAAGCUUUAGCAGAGCCAUGAAUUUAAUAUUAGGACCAGAAGUCCAAGAAUUUUGUGUGAACUAUUUAGAUGAUCUAGCCAUUAUUACAACAGGAACGUUAGAUAAACAUUUGGAGCACAUUGAUAUUGUUUUAAGUAAAUUGAACAAAGCUGGCUUAACGUGUAACUUGCAGAAAUGUGAAUUUAUUUGUAAAGAAAUUAAAAUGCUGGGUUUUAUAAUUUCAACAGAAGGCAUAAAGACAGAUCCCGAUAAGAUUCGAGCGAUCCAAGAGUUUCCAGCACCUAAAAAGAUUAAACAAUUAAGGGCCUUUUUAGGUCUAUGCAAUUUUUAUAGAAGGUUUAUACCAAAUUACAGCGAGAGCAUAAUACCGCUCUGUGAAUUACUUAAAAAGGGACGAAAGUUCCAAUGGAGCGGUAAAGAACAGAAGGCAUUUGAUUUUAUAAAACAACAAUUUAUUAAUACAAUACAAUUGCAUCAUCCAGACUUGAAUAAGCCGUAUUAUUUACAAACAGAUUGUUCCGGUGUGGGUAUGGCCGGAGUACUAUAUCAGAUAGAUGAUAAUAAUGAAAUGAGAAUUUUAGGCUAUCAUAGUAAAGCCUUAAAAGGCCCCGAAUUAAAUUGGUCUGUUACUGAACAAGAGUUUUAUGCUGUAAUAAGUUGCCUAAAGAAAUUUGAAACAUAUUUGCGGGGCAGUAAAGUAAUAAUACUAACUGAUCAUAAAGCAUUAUUGUUUCUUAAUAAUAUGAAGUUAUUCAAUGGUAGAGUAACCCGAUGGAUUUUGUAUAUAGAACAAUUUAAUUAUGAAGUACAGCAUAUAUCGGGUGGACGUAAUAUUGUUGCAGAUGUGCUAUCACGUUAUCCUCCUGAUGGCGAUUUAAUACAAGAGGAUAAAAAUAAUAGUUUAGAAAUUGCUUACACAGAGAGCGAACCGAAUAUUGAGUUGAUAGAAAAAUUAAAAUCCUUAUCAGUAUAUCAAUUACAAGAUUCAGAGUCGUUGGCUAUUAUUGAAAAGUUAAAGACAUUAAAUACUUCCAUAAUAAAACAAAACAAUAAAUUUAAAAGGUAUAGUUUGAAAAAUGAUGUAUUAUAUUACAAAACGAAUUUACAAGAAGUAAUAUAUUUACCUAAAGCAUUGAGACAAGAUAUUAUAAAUCAAGUGCAUGUCGAAAUGGGUCAUCAAGGACCCUAUAAGGUAAUUAAAUAUGUGAGAGACAGAUUCUUUUGGAAAGGUUUAACAAAAGAUAUUAAAAACCAAUUAAGGGCUUGUCAUUUAUGUCAGUUAUCUAAGAAAAGCAAUAUAACAUAUGUGGGUCCCUGCAAAUCUAUAAUAACAGAAAACAUUGGCGAUAUAGUCAUGACUUAUAUGGACCGCUUGUAUCAGUCAACAGCAAAGUCUGUUGUAACAAAAGUAAAGCAUUUUGUUGAGAUUAUAAAGCCCAAGGCAAUAAUGACAGAUAAUGGAAAACAGUUCGUAAGUAAUCACUGGAAACAAUCAAUGAGAGAUUUAAAUAUAAAGCCAAUAUAUACCACAGUUAGAAAUCCUAGACCAAAUACAACAGAGCGAGUAAAUAAAGAGUUGAGCAGAUUAUUUAGGACGCUUUGUCAUACUAACCACAAAGAUUGGGCGUUAAUAUUGCCGAAAUUAGAAGAAUUGUAUAAUAAUUCUUAUCACAAUAGUACAGGCUUCACGCCUUGUGAAAUUCUUUAUGGUGAGUCUAAUGAGAUGUCUUUUGACAAAGUAAUUUCCAAAAGCAAAGAAAAACAUAAUGUCGAACAAAUUAGACAACAAGUGCGUAAAAAUUUAAAAGAGGCAAGUCGAAUAAGAAACAUAAAAUUUGAUAAGCGAAAUAGAUUAAUAAAAUAUAAUAUUGGUGACUUAGUAAAAAUUUCAAGAUCUAGUAGAUCAGACGCUGAUAAUAAAGUUAUGAGUAAGUUCAAUUUGGCAUAUGAAGGGCCUUAUGUAAUAGCAGCCAUACCAUUUGACAAUGUAUAUACCUUAGCAAAUCCAGAGACAAACGAAAUUAGAGGAAUUUUUAAUGCUAUUCACUUAUUAAAAUAUUUUAAAUAA